AUGGAAUGCUAUGGUAAACGCAAGAAGUCCUCACGCAAGCCUCAAGGGCCAAAGAAACGCGAACCACUAGCGACGACGUUCACAUGCCUCUUCUGCAACCACGAGAGAGCGAUCCAGAUCAAGCUCGACAAGAAAGCCGGCGUGGGAAACCUACACUGCAAAGUUUGCGGACAACGCUUUCAAACGGGCAUAAACUACCUCUCGGCUGCCGUCGAUGUAUACUCGGAUUGGAUCGACGCCUGCGAGAAUGUGGCGCAAGAGGCAGCUGCGCAGGAAGCAGAAGAUCAGAAGUUCAGCAGCUACGCGACGGCGAGACCGGGCGGUGCCGCUGCGGCGGGCGGGGACGAUGAGGGAGAGGAUGGUGAUUAUGGAGGUUAUUGA